AUGGCCAUUUGCACUAUCUGUCACGUUGAGAAGGAUUUGGCCAGCUUCCCUCUUCGCAUCAAGAGCAGCGCCGGCGGAAAGAAGGGAGAGCCGACCGCUAUCUGCCGGGAAUGCACCGACCAGCGCAAGGAAAGCCGCAAGAAACGCGCCGGCAAGCGCAAGGCCGAGACGGAUGACGGCGUGAAGGACGGGUUAGGGAAGGACGACGAUGAUGAAGUAGAUCUCGGUGAGAUCUCAGUUGCCGAGUUCCUGGAUGCCGUAAAGGAGUCGGACUCGCCUGUGAAGGUUCGCGCCCAGGUGGACAUCGCUGCGAUCGCGGCGGCCGGUGCAACACCGCGGGAGCGCGCGAAUCAACUUGCCGAUGCGAUGGGAAACGUGCAGUUGCUGCAUUGGACUUUCGAGAACCGCGGUGUACGCGUACGGAAGGAGACCGAAGUGUUCUCCUACAGUUGUGCUCAAUCAGAAAGCCGUGAGCACAAAGCGAAGGUCCAAAAGGGAGAGAAGGCACGGGACAGCGAUCGGAUGGACCGUUUCCCAUGCGAUGGCUGGCUGCAUCUGACGACAGAGGCGGGCGGGCUCCCCGUGGAGGAUGUAGAGCUGCCGUACAGUGCAAACACCGUGUACUACUAUUGGCACGUGGUCAGCCGCGAGGAGUGGCGUCUUGCAGACUCGCCGUUAGAGUCCGCGCGUAAGUUCGUCGAGGAGAGAGGGAAGGAUCAUCACAUCGCCAUGCUGGAUGUGGAAGCAGAGCCAGGAACAGAAGCAUUAGCGUUUUAUGUAACCGACUUCGUGGGCGCCUGGGCGCAGCACACGCAAGAAUUGGCAAUGGACUCAACGUGGAAUACCAACGGCGGGAACUUCGAGCUCUUUUCUGCUGUCGCGGAUGCAAACGGCGCUGGGAUUCCACUCGCAUUCAUCUUCCUCCGGACGACCAAGGACGCCGCUGCUGGAGCCAAGCAGGCGGUACUCGCGCGCUUUUUAGAGCGGCUCAAGGAGCUCGGCAUCGACCCCGAGUUUACGCUUACGGACAAGGACUUCUCCGAGAUCAACGCGAUGGGCGCCACCUGGAAGUAUGCGAAGCAUCAGCUAUGUUUUUGGCACGGUCUUCGCGCCGUAAAGCAGCGCCUUUGCAAGAACAAGCAUGUUCCGGCGCCCUACAACGCAGAUGCCGCUCACAGUGAAUUCUCGUUCAUUGACCCCCACUUCCUCCCUGCUGCUCAACGCUCUGAAGCUGGCCUGGAUCCGAUUCCUCCACCCCCGGAAAAGCCCCUCCCUCGGGUUCGCCUACUGGUGGACGGCCGCCCGCCAAUUCUCACACCGGCGCUGCGGAUCAUUCUCAAGCCCGGGGACAUAGCCGAUGCACUCGGCCACCUGCGGCCGCCUGCGGAUCGUCCCGCCAAGUCUGGCAAUCGUGCGGAGGGUGGCACCGCCGAGCAGUUCAAUGUGCAGCGUGCUGGUAGCUGCGCCGCACGCCCCUCUCAGCUGGUCGACAAUCCAGCGCUCGAGCUGGAUGAUGACGAGCGAAGCGACGACGGCAUCUUCUUCGCGGAUCGUGCCGAGGCCGGAGAUGAAUGGGAAGACGAAGAUUUCGACAUUCCAGACCUAGUGGAGGUGGACGAGGGAGAGGAGACUGAGAUCGACGAUGAAGACGAUUGCCGACGCGAAGUCGAUGCGAUCGAGCGGGACUCUGCAAACGUCGACCCCGACACUCCUCCCGACACAUCGGAAACUGGCGGACGCUCCCGCGCUUCGGACUACCAGUUCUGUCCGGCUUGCCACCGCCUCCCCAUCCUCCGGCUCUUCACCAAACACGCAUGCCAGCACCCUCUCCUGCCCGAGCGCCACGGUAUCCGUCGGUCCGCAGAGGACAUUUAUCGAGACGCCGUUGAAGAGAUGUACCGCCAUUGCAAGGCGAACAACCUAUCCGAGGUCUGGGCGUACCUCUGGAACUCCUGGUACUGCCCAUCACGCUGGAAACUCUGGGCACGGUCGGCGUACGCCGAGAGCAUCCCCCGAAAGCGGACAACCAUGAUUGUUGAGGCCUUGUGGCGUGGCAUCAAGCGGUUAGUACUGCACAUGUACAACCGACCGCCGAUUGAUCUCGCGCUCUACGCGGUCGUUACGAAGACGCUCCCUCGGUAUCGCGUCACGCUCAGUCGCAUCCUGAAGAAUUCCCGGCCCGGCCGUCCUGCAAAACUCACAACUGUUCAGAAGGACUUCAAGCGCUCGUGGGAGCGUCUCCGGAAGGUACAGAUCCGCGGCGAGUACACGACGGAUGUCACGCAGUGGACGUGCGACUGCGGCUCGCAGAAGUACCACGCCCAUUUACUCUGCAAGCAUCUCGUGCAAGCAGUCGGCCCGCUCACUGCGAAAUGGUGGCGGACCGUUGUCCGCUACCACAUCCCCCCUUUCUACACCGUCCCCAUCGACGGCGAGACUGCCCCGGCACCCGAAAACCUGCGCAAUCACGCCUGGAUCCCACGCAUGCGCCGCAAGCGGUCGGCUAUUGUUCCGCGCCCGCCACGCGUCCAGCGUACUGCGCCGGCCGCCGAAGACUCGGACUCGGAUGUGAAUAUUCCAAGUAUAGACAGAUAUGAUAGAUCCUCAUCUCCGAUCUGCUCUUCCCCUGACAAGGCACCGCCCACCGGCCGUGAUGGGCUUCCACGGUCGCGCAGUGGAGGAGACUGCGAUUUUGAGCCCGAGGACGAGGAUGAGCAGGACUUAGAGCGAACUGCACGCCGGCUGCUCACUGCGGUCAAGAUUCUCAACAGUCAGGUGGACAACCCAGACCCCCGGUUCUUCCGGAACGCAGUGCGCUGCAUGCAAGGUGCCAUCAAAUGGGUCAGCGCAUUCGACAAACACGCUGUACCGGACGUGGAGACGAUCGGCCCCGACGAUGCCAUCAGCUUCCUCGGCCGGGCACGCCAGCUCUUCGACGAUGAGCGCCGCCCUCCAAUCGAUGCACAGCGCUUGCGAAAGGCCGCUCAAGCCAUCCAAGGUACAGUGGACUGGGUGCGCGCAGUUGAACACGCAGAGGCCCGUCGCACGAUGGCUAAAACGAAUACGCAUCGCACGGACGAGCCUAAUCCCGUACACAUGUUUGGUUACCUCUGUCCCGAGUAG